AUGAGUUUCGAUCCUUUCAAUGAAUUAGGAGGAGGGUCAGCCCUUAGGUUAGAUGAUGGUCAACAAGAUGAUUAUUGUUUACCUGUCGCAUCGCAUUCACCUGAGACCGAAAGAUUAGAUUACAUACAUGAUGUGUACAAAUAUCAUGCAGGUAAUAUACCUGCAGAAGUGGCAGCUUUCUUGAACAAUGGCGCAAGACGGGAAAUAUUGGAUGUAGGAUGUGGUACAGGCAAGUGGGCGUUGGAGAUGAUUGAAGCUUACCCAAAUAUCAUUGUGACUGGAGUUGAUCUGGCUCAUCCUCCAAUAACGGUAUUUCCUGAGAAUUUCAAAUUCGAGAUACACGAUGUAACGAAAGGGCAAGAAUAUGCAGAUAAUACGUUUGAUGUUGUACACGUGAGGGAUAUACAUGCUGGCAUGCCAGAUUACCAUACGAUGUUGACGGAGUGUGUUCGAGUCCUUCGACCAAGUGGUUAUCUGUUAGUCAAAGAGAUAGAAUGGAUACCCAGAUUACCCAAUGGCGGAAAUGCGGAAGAACGAUUUCCUGCCAUUUGUCAAGAAUCAUUUCGUGACGCAUUGAUAGAACGCUCCCUCGAUCCAAUGGUUGGUAUUCACCUCGCGGAAUACAUAAAUAACGUCAGCGGUUUAUGCGAUAUCAAACAUACAAGACAUAUGGUACCUAUGACACCUUGGUCAGAUGACCCAAUACUUAAAUAUACAGGGAGGAUGACUCAACUGGCCAUGUCAAUCUUAGGCGGUACCAUUCGAAUAAUGCUUUUAGAUCAUGGCGAAUCUGAUCCUGAUGGAAGGUACGCAGCUGGAAUAGAAGAAUUGAAAGAUUUAUCAGGUGAACCGAUUUGGUUUUUCGGUAGUGUGAUAGCUAGGAAACAAGGUGAAUUGGGUGAUCCCUCAGAAUUUCAAGAUCAAGAUCAAGAUCAAAUGGAGGAAAGACAAGAAGACGAAGGAUGA